GGCCGAGCGGAUCAUGCCGUCCGAGGGCCGCUGCUGGGAGACCCUGCAGGCGCUGCGGAGUUCCGACAAAGGUCGCCUUUGCUACCACCGUGACUGGCUGCUGCGAGGCGAGGAUGUCUUAGAAGAAUGUGUGUCUCUUCCCAAGCUGUCUCCUUACUCUGGAUGGGUGGUAGAUCAUGUCCUACCCCACACACGGGACAACCCACCUCCCUCUGAGAUGUCACCAUCCUCUAGGCCUACGUCAGCCCUAGACCAGCCCUUGUUCGUGCCUAAAUCUCCCACCAGAAGCUCUGCCUUCUUACCAGCCUCCCCUGAAACACCAAAUGGAGCCCAGGACAAACAUGAAUACCAGCAUUCAGAAUCUAUGGUACUUCAGUCUUGCCGGGGGACCAAAGUGGAAGGCUGCAUUCGAAUGUAUGAACUGGUACACAAACUGAAAGGAACAGAGGGCCUGAGACAGUGGCAGGAGGAGCAGGAGAGGAAAGUUCAAGCGCUCUCAGAGAUGGCAUCUGAACAACUGAAGCGGUUUGACGAGCAGAAGGAGUUGAAGCAGCAUAAGGAAUUCCAAGACUUGCGGGAAGUCAUGGAGCAGAGCUCCAAAGAAGCCUUGGGUCACCAAGAGAAGCUCAAAGCUGAGCAUCGUCACAGAGCCAAGAUUCUCAACCUGAAGCUGCGAGAGGUGGAGCAGCAGCGCUUGAAGCAGGCGGAGCAGGAGCGGCUGCGGAAGGAGGAGGGCCAGGUGCGCCUGCGCAGCCUCUACACCCUGCAGGAGGAAGUGCUGCAGCUCAACCAGCAGCUGGACGCCUCAGGCCAGCACCGGGACCUGAAGGUCGACCUGGCCGCCUUCCAGACCCGAGGCAACCAGCUGUGCAGCCUCAUCUCAGGGAUCAUCCGGGCCACUUUGGAGUCUCUCCUCUGUUCCUCAGGUCUCCAGGUGAAGGUCCAAGACAGUACAAUGCAGUGGUACCAGAAGCUGCAGGAUGCUUCCUCACAGUGUGUGUUGGCCUUUGAGGGCCUGACGAGCAGUAAGGACAGCCAGGCCAAAAAGAUAAAGAUGGACCUCCAGAAGGCUGCCACCAUCCCUGUGAGCCAAAUCUCCACCAUUGCAGGCUCCAAGCUGAAGGAGGUCUUUGACAAGAUCCAUAGCCUGCUUUCUGGAAAACCCGUUCAAUCUGGUGGGCGCUCUGUGUCAGUCACGCUUAACCCCCAGGGGCUGGAAUUUGUCCAGUACAAACUGGCAGAGAAAUUUGUGAAACAAGGUGAGGAGGAAGUGGCCUCCCAUCAUGAAGCAGCGUUUCCCAUCGCAGUUGUGGCAUCUGGGAUCUGGGAGCUCCACCCCAGAGUGGGAGACCUCAUUCUGGCUCAUUUACAUAGGAAGUGUCCUUACUCCGUGCCUUUCUACCCAGCUUUCAAGGACGGAAUGGCUUUGGAAGACUAUCAGAGGCUGCUUGGCUACCAGGUGAAGGAUUCCAAAGUAGAACAGCAGGACAACUUUCUAAAACGCAUGUCUGGGAUGAUCCGUCUGUAUGCUGCCAUCAUCCAGCUCCGGUGGCCGUAUGGAAACCAACAUGCGAUUCACCCUCAUGGCUUAAAUCAUGGCUGGCGCUGGUUGGCGCAGAUCUUAAACAUGGAGCCCCUGUCCGAUGUGACAGCCACCCUCCUCUUUGACUUCUUGGAGGUGUGUGGGAAUGCCCUCAUGAAACAGUACCAGAUCCAGUUCUGGAAGAUGAUCGUUCUCCUCAAAGAUGACUACUUCCCCAGAAUCGAAGCCAUCACAAGCUCUGGACAGAUGGGUUCCUUCAUACGUCUCAAGCAGUUCUUAGAGAAAUGUUUGCAACGCAAGGAGAUUCCUGUCCCCAAAGGCUUUCUCACUUCUUCCUUCUGGCGCUCCUGAUGCCACUCCAUCACCAGUGUCACCGUUAUGUUGCAAAGAGGCAAUAAUAAAGCAACUGAAGACA